CCGCUGUUUGUUGUCCGUUACCCAUUCAGUAUCAUUGGCAACGACGCGUUGCAAGUACGCCAAUUUCGUACGCUAGCGACAGGUGUUUUUCGGCGCUCCGAGUUCGUACUUUCUACGACUAUAAUUCGUCCAAACCUGUUGUUUAAAUCGUCUUUGAUGGAGUCGUUAUCUUCACAUAAGGCAACAAUCGAUUGGAUUGAAGUCAAUGGAGUUGCCACUCGAGUGUUGUGUUGUGGUCAAAGAAUUACCGAAACUGGAAAGAAACCAGAUAAAUUGGUUUUGUUUAUAUGCGGAAAUCCUGGCGUUACGUUAUUCUAUAAACGAUUUUUAGAAAAACUGUACAGAACUACUGGAAUUACAUGUUGGGUUUUGUCCCAUGCUGGUCACGAAACUCCACCAAAAAACUCAGGAUUCUAUAUUCCUAAUCUUAAAACUCAUCCAGAAUUAUAUACCGUAAAAGGCCAAGUAGAACAUAAGCUAAAAUUCGUUGAGAAGUACGUGCCGGACAAAUGUAAUGUUUAUUUUGGAGGUCAUUCUAUAGGUUCUAAAGUUAUAUCCGAAAUGCUUAAGGACACAAUAAUGAUUUCUAGAAUUAAUGUAAAAAAAGUUCUAUUCUUUUUCCCAGCCUUGCAAAAAAUGCGUGAAACACCUAAUGGUCAAAAAUUAAUAAGAACCACUACUUACCUUUUAAGUACAAUUUUGUUCUUUUCUUGGAUAUUUACAUUAUUUCCUAAAUUUAUCAAAAAUUUCCUUGUCAAAGUUACUCUCUUAAUAAUGGAAGGUAGAAUAGUCGAUGACUUUGUUAUACAAUCAGCUGUUGUUUUAGUACAUCCUACUGUUUUACAAAAUGUCUUUUCGAUGGCGCUAGACGAGAUGGACAAUGUUUACCAUUUGGACACGAAGCCCCUGAACGAACAUGCUUCAAAAUUGCAUAUGUAUUUUGGAAAUUGCGACAACUGGGCGCCGAUAUCGUUUUAUCAUGAGAUUCAUGAAAAUGUGCCGGAGGCUGAUGCUGUUUUGUGUGACAAAGGAUACUUACAUGCAUUUGUACUCAACCAUUCGGAUGAGAUAGCAGCUAUAGCUGCCGAAUGGAUUAAUGCAGAUUUAAAAAAAUGACGGAUUUAUUCUUUUUUUA